UCUGAAAUUGACAUGGCUCAAUCAGAAGUUGUUAUAUUCAUUGUUUAUUAUUAAGCUCUAUGUGUACUGUGUAUGUGUGUAAGUGAUCUGGAAGACUUUAUUAUUUAAUUAUUUUUUAAUGAUCUGUGUGAAGUUGGUGAUUCAUGCGAACAUCCAGUGAUGGCAAACAGGGAAAUAAUCUGUCAACCUUGUCACUGUAGUUUUCUCAAAAAGUACUGCGCUCAGUACUACGAGCAAAGUUUUCAAUCUGACUUCAUAUCACCAGCCAAAUGAAAAGCAAGCAGAUGAAAAAAAAAAACUUUUUUCCUCUAAAUUUAGUGGGUACGGCUUAUACACCGGUGUGGCUUAUACACCAUUAUAGUUAAUAUAAUGCAUAAUUUUAUAUUAUUUUUGUUUAUAUGUGAAUUUUAACUAGAUUGCAAUCAUUCUUCAGCCAUUACACUAAAGGUUGUGACAAUAAAGGCAAACUACAAAUGUUCAAAAAACAUUUUCAGUGAACAUGAUGGUAUGUUAUCAGAGGAACUGACUGAGCUGUUGUUAUGGAGCCAGUGAACACUGAGCUUUUUGUCCACUAAUUUAAUACUGGUGUGCUUUUAAUGUGAGUGUUUUUGUGUCACAGGAAAUUCAAAGCUACCACUGAGCUCUGUUUCACAUUACAAUAGUAAUACGUGUUGCUGAUAUAUAAUGGAUGUCCUAAUCCAGCAUAUUUUCCCCAACAACACAUUUUCCCAAUUACUACGGCACUCAGUGUCACCAUUCCAUUCUGUUUUAUUAGUAAAUAGUGGGUUAGAAUGAUCAUUUUAUAGUUCAGUUUCUGUCCGGUUCCCAUUACAUUGUGAAAGCUGAUUAGGAAAGCUGGUCCAGUGACAAAUUAAUGAGUAAACCACUCUGAGAACACAUUGAAAUCCAUUUUUUUCCUGACAGAUAACAUUUGCAAACAGCUUGUUCAAGCCAGUGAAUAAAUAUGUAUUAAUUAUUCACAGCAUAAAUAGUUCAAAUAUUUAAUUACAGUACACAAUCGUUCAUAGUCAGAGCAAUUGGAAUUGAAUUAGCAUAACAUAAGAUAUUUGUCAUUUUUUUAUAUUGUUUAACAAUACUGAGAAAAAUGGAUUUCAUUAAAGGGGAACCUUGCCAGUGCUGGGGCUUAGUAAUAGAUGGGUCCAUAUCUGGGUGAGAGCGAUCCCAAACAAAUGAAUUUGGUCACCCGAGUCACUUGUGACAGCCACACACACACACUUGUUGGUAACUAAAAAAACACAAACUACAGACCAGGGGACACGCAGCACGCAGGAAGAGGGAACCACCAUCCCGGACACCAGCACCAGCACCUUUGACCUUCAGCAACUGGAAGGGAAAACUAAAUGAGUUACAUUCAACCAGUGUUAAAUAACUCAUGAAUUAUGGUUGUCAUGAUUUGCUGUUGUCUGAUUAAGAGACAUGGCAGCAGGCGUGCUCAAUUAAAUCUUUAUUUAACAAUAAUGCCAGGCGAUAAAGUCCAAAACUCAAAGUACAAGUACUCAAGUGCUACUCUAAAAGUCUAAAAAUGACUAAAAGGCGAGAAAACAGCAAAUUCUCAAAAGCAAACUAAACUCCUAUGGGGGAGUACAGUGUGGGACUGUCAAAAAACCUCAGCAUACAUUACGUAGGCACAAAAAAGCACCCUUUUACAACAUGAACACAAGACUUGCACCGGGGGAGAGGGGGAAGGGAGUGGAGGUGAUCCCAGGAUCAGCGUUGGCUAAGGGAAGGGAUGUGUGUGCGAAUGCGCAUGUGAGAGUCCUUGCAUGCAUGAGUGUGUAGGCCCGAAGAAGCUCCCCUGACAUGUGCCCAAUCUUGGAGCCUCAGUUCGCAGAGUGUCAUCGCAAUAACACUGCAGUUGCUAUGGAGACAUCCACGAGCAAGGCACGAUCAGUGCACAUUGUCUCACACCAGGAAUAAACGGUGUCACUGUCUGCAAGAAGCUCCAAGUCUCCUGUUCAUUACCACCAUUAAACACAACGCAGAGCUCAGGAGACCUACACCACCCAGAGCUACAGUGCAUUCAGCGGGGGUUACAUUGGUGCCGUGACCCGUUCUCUACACUGGCGAAGCAGCGAAACACGUUUUCUUCCUGGGGGCCGCCAUUGCUGCACGAGGCUGCGCUAUCUACGUCAUUCGUCACGGUGACCACAGUGUGACAGUCUGUCGUUUAGCCACUAGAUGGGGGUGUUGCUCAUGGAACAUGGUGGAUUGUAUUCACUAUCAGUCAUUUGUAUGUGAGUAGUGACAUAUUUCAUGCCUUUUCUGUGACCAGUUUUUCGUUCUUACGGCUUCUUUUGUUUGAGGUACUUGCUAGUUUUUUUUUUUUGUUUUUUUUUCUUCUUCUUGUAGUGGAGUCAAAGAAUCUGUCAAAGUCUAAUUAUUGCUGUGCAUUUUUUUUUCUUUUUGUAUGUGUUAAAAUGGCAGGUGAUAAUGUUUUUGGGAGGGGAAGAGGUAUGAUGCCAUGCACCCCAAUAGCAGCACCUGGUAGGGGCAGGGGUGGGUUUUUGUUUAUCCCAGAUUCAUCUACUCCUGGGCCGGACCCUGCAUUGUCGACAGAUGGCUCCUGUGGCGUGACUUGUGUGGAUGUUGCACAUGCAUCAAAAUUAGACGACAGCCACGGGUCUGAGGAGUUUUUGGCUGGAAUGGCGUCUAAGAUCGGCCUCUCCAUUGGUGAAAGUAUCGCUUCCUGCAUUGAGUCACGCUUGAACUGUGUAGUGGGUGCUAGUGUGCAGGGGUCAUCAAGUAAUGCAGCACCCGAUGCUUCACUUGUGAAUGUUGUUGUCAGAUCUGAGAUUAAGGAGCCAGUCAGUUUUAAAGGGGAUGGUAGUGACACACUCACAGUUUGGGAGUGGGAGGCUAUAAUGAUGUCUUACAUGAGAAAGAAAGGGCUCCCAGUGGCAAAACAGGCUGAGGAAGUGCUAAGUAAGUUGGUGGGGAGGGCACAUGAAGUGGUUAGGGUGGGUGUGCGCAGUAAGCCCUCCGUUCUCUUGUCAGCAGGCCCAGACCCCAUCUUUGAAAUACUGAAGGAGCAUUUUAGUGACACAGUCUGCACCGGUAUGCCCCUAGCUGACUUUUAUGCCACAUUACCCAACGCUGGCGAACACUCCUUUGACUACUGGCUGAGGUUGAACAGAGCCAUGGAAGUGACUGAGGACUGUUUAAGGAGGCAAAACAAGACGUUUGACAAUUUGACACGUGACUUGACCGCCAUGUUUAUACGUCACUGUCCAAACCCGGAACUGUCCUUGAUAUUUAAGUGUAAACCAUUGCAGCAGUGGACGGCUUGUGAGGUUCAUGAAAAGCUUGUAGAGCACAGUAGGAACCAGAGACUGUCAGUACAGCCAAAGCGGGUCACAACUAUAACAUCUAAGCUGCAGGAAGUGAGUCCUCGAGUGCAUCAUGUGACGCCCGAGUAUAAGAUUACAUCACCUUCCAUGCCUGGCGGUGCUCUAGCUAAAGACCCACAGGUUGAGGGGUCCGCUGAUCGGCUUGAUCGCAUCAUAGCCAUGCUGGAGCAGGUGCUGACACAGCGGCCACAACAGACCAGGAGGGUUGACGGGCCAGCCUUGCAAACCCGACGGAGUCAGGCAGCUGUAGUAAGGCCGCCUGUCAUUUGUUUAAUUUGUGGGAAUGUUGGACACGACACUCAUUCUCACUGCAGAGCCAAUCGGCUAUGUUUCGGAUGUUUUGCACCUAAUCACACACGAGCCGAGUGUCCUGGAGCCCAAAAAGUUGACAACAGGUUUCCUGAACCUGCAGCAAAGCAAGAGGAAAACUAGUCGGCCUGCAUGUGGAGGGGGCAAGUGCUAGGCCUGAUCGUGAUCCCCCAGAGGGUAAUGAUGAUAAUGUUGAUGAUUUAAAGUCCAUUUACCAGAGUGUAUGUGAGGAAAAACAACAAGGACGCACACCAGUCCUUCGGUAUGUUCAGCGACUACGACCACAUGACGACCUGUUUUAUGGAAAUGUGACUUUGGGUGGGAAAGUGUCAGUUAAAGCAAUGCUUGACAGGGGCUCGAUGGCUUGUACACUGAGUGUGACUGUCCUUCCUCAGUUGGUGGAAUAACACUUGAUUAAGGACGCAGCCCUUGAACCCACUGAUGUUGUCUUAAUAGGAUGUGGAGGCUCGAAAACUGUACCGAUGGGUGUGUGCGACUUGGAAGUGGAAGCUUAUGGAUGCAAGGUGAUUGGACCGAUUGGACCGAGGGCCAGGUUGAUAGUCUCAUCAUUGGCAGCAAUCUACUGAGGUUCCUGGUACACCAUCUGAGGUUGGAGAGGGGUUUUAAUGUCUGCAGCUCCACUCCAACUGGAUGCGACAAUGACCCUCAGAGGGUACUGUUGAGUUUGGUUGCUGAUGUAGUGGAGUGUCCAGAAAAGCGUCUCAGAAAAGGCGUCUCAGAAAAGGUUGGUGUUGUGAAGUUAAAGAGAGCUAUCACUUUGCAGCCAAGGACUGAACAUUUGGUCUGGGCCAAGCUACAGCAAGUGAGUGAGUUGCCUGUUGGCAGCGUAGUCAUGUUGGGUCCCACUAUCGCAAGGUCGAAACCAAGAUCAGUGAUGGUGGGGAGGUCAGUGGCAUUGAUUGCUGAUGAGGGAUGGCUGCCGUUGAAAGUAAUUAAUCCCAAAAAAGCCUGUGACUUUGAGGCGGAAUGCUAAACUGGCUGAUGCACAUUCAUGUGUGGCCAUUGAGAGCUUUGAUAUUCCUGAAAGUGUCAGGCCUCUUCAUUCCAGUGUACUGUACAGCAGAACGUACAGUUACCAGUAGCCGACAUGUUCACUGACCAUGGCGUGCAUAGCCUGACCACAGGGGCCUCUAGUUUGCCUGACUCCCCGGGGUUAGAACAGCCACAUCCGACAAAUGCACCACAUUCUGUUUUACACAAUAUUGGACUCUCUGACAUUGACGUUGAGGCUUGUGAAGUGUCACGGACUUGUAAAGACCAACUUGUUGACCUCAUAGCCGAGUAUGAGGCCAUCUUAUCUAAAGACAAGAUUGAUUGUGGCAAGGCUGUGGGCUUUCUCCAUCGAAUUCGUGUUGUAGAUAAGACUCCCUUUCGACUACCAUGUCAACGUAUACCACCAACGCAGUAUGAGAAAGUGAGGCAAGCCUUGAAUGAUAUGGAGGAGCGGGAAAUCAUCAGGAAGUCUAGCAGUGAGUUUGCAUCACCUUUGGUUUUAGUUUGGAAGAAGUCUGGUGAUGUGUCUGUAACGAUUUCCGCUGGCUCAACACUCACACAGUAAAAGACGCUCAUCCCGUCCCUCACCCAGCUGACGCACUUGCUGCUCUAGGUGGUAACGCCUAUUUCUCAACGAUGGACCUUACUUCAGGGUACUACAACGUUGAAAUGCAUCCAGAUGACAAAAAGUACACCGCAUUCACGUCACCUUUCGGAUUGUACGAGUACAAUCGAAUGCCUCAGGGUCUGUGCAAUAGCCCUGCAACGUUUAUGAGGAUGAUGCUAGAGAUAUUUGGAGAUCAGAACUUCCUUAGUGUGCUGUGUUAUUUGGAUGAUGUUUUGGUGUUCGCCCCUACUGAAGAUAUGGCGCUUGAGAGGCUGGAGAUGGUGUUUUGACGGCUCAAGGCUCACAACCUCAAACUUGCCCCAAGAAAGUGCCAUUUUCUGCAAAAAUCUGUGAGAUUCUUAGGACAUAUUGUUGAUGCUAACGGAGUUCGUGCUGAUCCGGACAAAGUGGCAGCCAUAACAUCCCUAACUGAGUCCGACCUCAUGGAGCCAGGUACCAUGGUUCCCUCACGAAAAAAAGUCAGAACAUUCCUGGGAAUGGUGGUGUUCUACCAGCAGUUUAUCGAGAAUUGUUCUGCGAUUGCCAAGCCGCUAUUCAGCCUGACGACCGGCAACAAGGGUCCUCGUAGAAGUGGAAGGAAGCGCCAACAGUUGCCGAGAAGGUUAAGUGAUGAGGACUGGACCGAGGAGUGUGGCCGGGCCUUCGAAUGUUUGAAACAGGCACUGUUGGACCAGGUCCCUUUGGCCUACCCCAAUUUCAAUGAGCCAUUCUUGCUGUCAGUCGAUGCUUCUUGUAAUGGACUAGGUGCUGUUCUGUCACAAGUCCCGGCUGGUGGGUCGACAGCACGGCCCAUCGCAUUCGCCAGUAAGUCCCUCAGUUAUGCACAGUCCAGGUAUCCAGCACACAGGCUAGAGUUUUUCGCCUUAAAGUGGGCAGUGUGUGACAAGUUCCAGCAUUGGUUGAGGGGCCAUGUCUUUACUGUGUGGACGGAUAAUAAUCCGCUAACGUAUAUUUUGUCCAAGCCCAGACUGGAUGCGUGUGAAUAGAGUUGGAUUGCAAAGCUGGCACCGUUCCAGUUUCACAUCAAGUACAUCCCUGGUCCCAGAAAUGUGGUUGCUGACGCUUUGAGCAGGGAGCCGUUUGUGCAAUCCAGUGCACUCCAUCGUCUGAACAGAGUGCCAUAUGAGGACUUGCUAGCUGAAGCAGCGGCAGUGGGCAUUCGUGAGGUACAGGAAGCCUUCCGUUACUUAGCCCAUCCAGCAGAUAAAGACAUUGACGGUGAUCAGUCUGUUGUUUCCAGUUCCAUGACAUCUCAGGAAGUUGCAGCGGUCAUGCAUGCACACGCACAGCCAGAUGCAAAGGUGUGCCAUCAUGCUCUCUUGCUGCCCCAUUUCCCUCAGACUGUGCAGACACCAGAGAAGAGUAAGGUGCAGAGUAAGACUUGCUGAGGGAGAAACAGAGGUCUGACAGCAUCCUCAGCAGAGUGAUCUUCUUCGUGGAGCGCGGUCGAAGACCUUCAAGAAGGGAGCGGGCCAAAGAACAAACUGGAGUGGUCAGACUGUUGAAGAGUUUGGGGAAAUUGGUAGUGCGGAACGGUGUCCUGUACCGUGUGGCAAAGAACACUGUCAUGAAAAGGAAGAGCUACCUGUACAUUGUCCCACCAUCACUGCGCUCCAGAGUAUUGCAAGGCGUUCAUGAUGAAGCAGGGCACCAAGGGCAACAGCGCACAUGGUAUAUUGCAAAGCAGAGAUUCCACUGGCUUGGCUUGCACAAGGAUGUGGUGGAGUAUGUGAGGCACUGCAGACGCUGUGUGGUGAGCAAAGCACCAGAACCGGAAGCAAGAGCACCUCUAGAAAACAUCGUUGGUGUGCAUCGAUUUCUGGUCAGCUGAAGACUCGGCUAAUCGGUCGUUGGAUGUGCUUGUUGUCACUGACCAUUUCACGAAGAUGGCACAAGCUUUCUUGUGUCCUAACCAGUCUGCGAAGGCAGUAGCACACCAACUGUGGAACAACUACUUUGGCAUCUAUGGCUUCCCGAAACGUUUACAUUCUGACCAAGGGGCCAAUUUUGAGAGCGCUUUGAUUGCUGAAUUGUUGAGUGUGGCUGGUGUACCCAUACCACGCCUUACCAUCCAAUGGGAAAUGGUUCUUGUGAAAGGAUGAACAGGACUCUAGGAAACAUGAUUCGAGCUCUUCCUUCCAGAGUGAAGCAGAGAUGGCCGGAAGCUUUGAAGUCCCUCACGUUCGCCUACAACUGCACGGUCCAUGAGACAACGGGCUUUGCUCCGUUCCUGCUCAUGUUUGGAAGAGUUCCGAGACUCCCUGUUGACAUCAUAUUUGGCUCUGUCCUUCCGAGUCAGAUGGCCCAGAACGAUUUGUUGGAAGCCAUGAACAUCGCCCAGACGGUGGCGUCCAAGCAGUUACAGCGGCACACUGAAUUGUAUAACCGGAGAGUGCGAGGAGCACCGGUGACUGUUGGAGAUCGAGUGUUGCUGGCCAAUAAAGAGGAACGCGGGAAGAGGAAGUUAGCAGACCGCUGGGAGAGUACAAUCUAUGUUGUGGUUGGAGUGAAUGAAGAGAGCCACACCUUUAGGAUCCAGCAUGUUUCCACUAGCAGAGAGAAAGUCCUCUAUGUUGAGCUCUGUCGAUCAUGAUGAAUGUAGUAAGGUGGUUGCUUCUGUUGAGUACAGGACGAGGGCAUGGGUGUCUACCUUACCUUCUGAGUCCUCUCGUGAAAGGGAUCUGGAGCUCUCUGACAUGGAAAUUGGUCAGAAAUGUGACUCAGCUCAUGCCCUCUUGGUUGAUACGUCGGUGCCAGGGAUGAAUAGUCAGACCUUGAUUGCCCUGUGGCAAAAGAGGAAUGUGCUCGACCUAUCAGCACCGUCGCAGUUGAUAGUGGACAAUGUAUAUUACAUCCAUGUCCAGAUAAUCUGACUCUGAGAGUUGCCGCUCUUGACGACUGCAGUGCUUCAGUUAGACUGUCUGACUUGGGGGUUAGAAGCAAUGUAAGGUCCAGAGCAGGGAGACUGUUGAAACCCGUUACCAGAUUAAUAGAGUUCACGCAUCAGCGUACAGGAGUGGUGACUUAGGUGUUGCCUUUAUUUGGUACUUACAGUAGGAAUUUCAGUGAUUCAUUUUUUUCCCUCUCUUUUCAUUCCAUAUAUUAGGCAGGCGAAGGUUGGGUCUUCGCUUCGUAGUCUCUCUCUUAGUAGUAGUCUCUUUAUUAAUUUCUGUAUUGGGGUGGAUUUUGCAGUUAUGUGGGUAAUAUGUAAUGGGCACAUUUGGGUUCCCUGUGUGUAGUGACAAGCCAACUUUUUCCUACACUAAUUCUUUCCUUUGGAAUGGUGCUAUUGACUGGGUAUUAUGACUGUAAUUUUCUAAAAAUGUGAUCUCAUCGGUUGCACAAGAAAGGAGAUGUUGUGUAUAUGGACAUUGUUUGUGUUUGUAUGGUGCCUGGAAUGUUCUUUGGAUGUUGUGGAGACUGUGUAUUGGUCGGUAUUUUUUUCCCCUUCUUUUUCAUGUGUAUUUUUUUUUAUGUGUUUUAAUAACAAAUGGUAUUCAGCAGGGGGGUAUGUAACAGGUUUACUUUGGUUUUUGUGAUCCCACUUGUUCUAACAGUGGUUGGAGUAAUGGCUCAAUAGCGCCCUCUCUCACUCGUGGGCUAUAUAUAUAGGGCAGAGUGUAAUUGCAGCUUUAGUUCAUCAGCCUUGUGACCCGAGGUGAGUAGAGGAGCGCUCCUCUAUGCCAUUGUAUUGUUAGCUGUGAUGCUAAUGUAACUCAUUGUCAUUGUAGUCUGUAACAACCCUCACGGUAGUGAUCAGUGCACAUUGUCUCACACCAGGUACGUGUUUAUUAUUGUUUAUGUAAUCCAUAUUAUACAUUGUUCAUGUUUAUUUUAGUUCAUCAGCCCUGUGACCCGAGUCUGUAACAACCCUCACGGUAGUGAUCAGUGCACAUUGUCUCACACCAGGAAUAAACGGUGUCACUGUCUGCAAGAAGCUCCAAGUCUCCUGUUCAUUACCACCAUUAAACACAACGCAGAGCUCAGGAGACCUACACCACCCAGAGCUACAGUGCAUUCAGCGGGGGUUACAUUUAGUUUAGUGUGAGUAGCUACAUUCCAAUAGACCCGGCUACUCUGUUGGUCCAUUCUGCUCUCUCUGUCGAUCCAUCUGCCUUUGCAAAGCCGAAAACUUCUCCAAGAGCACCAAUAUGUUUUCCUUGUUUUGAUUCGCAGUCACAGACGGGCAGCUGUGGGGCGCGUUGAUCCGUUGCUUCUGCCUUACGAAUUCUGGGGCAGUGCAUAAUCCAGUCAGCAGCAGACCUUUAAACAUAGUUCCAAAUAGGUAGACGUCUUUGAUGUCCUCCACGGAAACAAUCGGCAGGCACAUGACCUUCCACUUCCCCCAACUAUCAAUCACGUAUCUGGCCGUGAACGUUCUGUCAGAGCAGACAGGUUCCCCCGAACCUGAGCUUCUCUUCAAGAAGAUCUUGUCAAUUGACCAGUUGAUCAAUUUCAUGAUUUAGAUUUAGAGAGCGGUGCAGAGAGAGGCUCUUAAAAGUAUGAGAUAGAACUAAACGAGACGUAAGAAGCAAAGCAGGGAAGAUAAGGGAGAGGAGAUGGGAAAGAUGUGACCGCCUUCAUUGAGAGCUGAGGGAAGAAAGGUGAAAGAGAGCUGAACAGCAUUCGAAAGGUAUUCUAACUUCACUCUGACUCCAUUUCAAAUAUUCUUCCAGUAUUCCAACAGCAUUUUAAACAAUCUGAUUGCAUUCAUAAAAAAAAAAACAACAAAAAAAAAACGCAGCCAGCUGCCGCUGAAAUGUCAAUAUGAAGUGUCACCAUAUUCACAUAAUUUCAGACGCCAACAAAACAAGGAGCCAAGUUAACUCCACCAGCGGCUGCCGCCGUGGACAGUGCAGAGGUGCUGAAAAGAAGUGCUGAUACCCAGGAAGCCUGUUGAAACGUCACUCACCAUUGAUGCGUUGCCAAAUCACAUCACGUCAUGCCGCCAAGGAAAAAAGGAGACAAGUGCAUCACCAGAGCACAGAGAUGCUGAAACCCGAAAAGCAGUGUAGCAGAAUACAGUGGGGUUGGGUUUUCCCAGGACAUGUCCUGUUUUCAUGUUCUGUCAUUUCUUUGAAGUGAUGAAAAAUGAAUACAUCUUUUUUUUAUAUAAUAUACAUAUACACUCCUGAUCAAAAUCUUAAGACCAGUUGGAAAAAUUGCUAGAAUUUUCAUUUUGCACAUUUGGAUCGUAAUAAGGUUUUAAGUAGCGCUACAAUACUUGUAUGCAAAAGCAAGAAGGGGGAGUGAGAGAAAAAAACAUUUGGAACUUGUAAUUUAAACAACAAAAACAAACUGAAAUAGGUUGUUUAUCACCUGAUCAAAAGUUUAACACCACAGGCUAUAAAAGCCAAAAUUCUUAUAGCUAGCUAAGAAGCUUUCUCUUUUUUAACGUGGUCGGAUUCUCGAGCUGCAUAAGCAAUGCCUCCCGCAGUGUGCCAUUGCUGCUGAGGUUGGGAGCAGUAAGAAACACAUUCUAAAUUUUUUUAAAGAGCAUGAUAGAACAAAAAAGUCAAGUGGUAGACCCAAAAAAAUCACACCUGCGCUGAGCCGGACGAUCCGAUUGGCUGUCCAUCAAGACACGGGGCGGUCUUCCACCCAAAUUAAGGCCCUUACUGGUGCCGACUGCAGCGCAAUAACCAUCAGAUGGCAUCUGCGGGGGUUAAAAAAAACAAAAAACAAAUUCAAAGACUUUGUCUCCUUCAAUGCCACAAAACUGCCCGUUUAGACUUUGCCAGGGAGCAUCAAACAUGGGACAUUGAAAGGUGGAAAAAAACUUUAUUCUUUCAUGAGAAAAAUGUAACCUUGACGGUCCAGAUGGCUUCCGACAUUACUGGCAUGACAAGGAGAUCCCAACUGAGAUGUUUUCUACCCGGGCACAGUGGAGGAGGGUCCAUCAUGGUCUAAGGUGCUGUUUCAUUCAGUGGAACACUGGAGCUUCAGGUGGUGCAGGGUCGUCAAGCAGUGGAUGCUUACAUGCACAUGUUGCAGCGGGCAUCUCUCAUGACUGAGGGCCCUCAUUUGUGUGGUAACAGCUGGGUUUUUCAACAGGCCAACGCUGCAGUUCACAAUGCUCGCUUGACCAAGGACUUCUUCAGGGAGAAUAAUAUCACUCUUUUGGACCAUCCUCCAUGUUCCCCUCAUUUAAAUCCCAUAGAGAACAUUUGGGGGUGGAUGGCAAGGGAAGUUUAUAAAAAUAGCCAUCAGUUCCAGACAGUUGAUGCUCUUCGUGAAGCCAUCUUCACCACUUGGAGCAAUGUUCCCACUAACCUCCUGGAAACACUCGCAUCAAGCAUGCCCAAAGCAAUUUUUGAAGUGAUUCCCAAGAACGGUGGAGCUACUCAUUACUGAGUCCUAUUGAGAGCAUUUUUGUCCUGGUUUGGAGAGUUUUUUGUUAUUUUUUGAGCGAUGGUCUUAAACUUUUGAUCAGCUGAUAAACAGCCUAUUUCAGUUUAAUUGUUGUUUUCAAUAAAUUACUUUUUCAAAGUGCUUUUUGUCUCAUUCCCCCUUCUUGCUUUUGCAUAUUGUAGCUCUACUUAAAACCUCAUUAACGUUUGGGAUUGGGUGACCAAACGUCCCGUUUUCCCAGGACAUGUCCUGUUUUCAUGUCUUUUCUUUGAAGUGAUGAAAUAUAUAAUUCAUUUUAUAUAUACACACAUAUAUAUAUAUAUAUACACACACACACACUCAAACCUGUCUUAGCGGCCACCGUUUUUUGCGGGCCUCCAGCUCUCCAACUAAGGUUUCCACCUCAGUCUUGAAGUUCCCCUUCUUUGUCUUUGGCUUCUCAGCAGCCAUGAUUCAGAAUAACCAAGUGAAAUGCAAUCAAGGGCCAUUAAAUACAGUCAAACCUGUCUUAGCGGCCACCUUUAUAGAAAGGCCACCUGCCUACAGCGGCCACUGAAAAAUCCCCCGCAGCAAAUUUACAUGUUAUAGACGCUGUGUAUAGCAGUCACCUGUCCAACGCGGCCAGCGGCCACCCAUUUUGUCUCCCUUGGUCAAUAUCUGACUGCAUAUAGCGGCCAAAUUACCGACUCCAGUAGAAGCUUCAUGCACGAAAAAGUUUUGUUUUUCAAUCAAUGAAGCUGUCGUGUGUAGACUUUAAUUACUGAGUCCUAGCUCAGUCACAAUCAUUCACAAGAUCUUCUUUUGAGCUUGCUAUUUCCUGGUCAAACAUGUAACUUUAAGAGCAUUUGCACCAAAACAUUACCGCAAAGUAGGCUGGGAACAGGACGUGCUCCCAGCGACGCUACAAUAAAAAAAAAAAAAAAAAAAAAAAAAAAAAAACAUACGCUAGCAUGCAUGCGGCAGCGGGAGCAAAACUGAGUUCGGUUGUACUUAAUUGAAGUAUUUUAGAAUGUACUCACGUUAUUUUUGAUCAAUCCUCAUCCACAAAUCCAUCAAAGUCCUUAUCUUCUGUAUUCGACACAAACAAAGCCGUCUUCUUUUCCGUUCGCUACAAGUCUGUUAACUUGUCAGUGUUAUUCAGCUCUGAAGCAAAGAAGGAAACUUCUGUUUCUUCUGCCAACUUUAUUUAUUGAACGCGGCCACCAGACAGCAGCUCAGAACACACACACAUCUCUCAGCAUCGUCUCUCCUUCCUGCUUGCCCACAAGGCAAAGGUUAAACAAGCCCCACUACAUAGCUGUCCAGCCAAUGCCUGUAAGAAAUUACACCGUUUAUUUCCUGGUGUGCACUGGUCAAUACUGUAAUGCCGCUUGUUGUGGGGAAGGAGAGACUCACGUCGCCGAUGCACUUUAAUGGCUUUAUUAACAGCGGAGAACACUGCAGGACUUUACAUCCACGCCAACAUAAACACACUUCCCAACUCUCUUGAAAUUCACAGCUAGCACUGAGCCUAGCUCUCCUGCUCGGGACGCCCACCGUCACUUCCCGUCACUUCCUGAUGAACUAAAGCUGUAAUGACAACUCUGCCGUAUAAAAAGUAAAAUAUUAAAAACAAGCAUAAGACAUUGCUAGCACAGCUUUGUUCUGUGGGUCGUGGAUAUAUUCUAUCAGUUAUUAUUAAGCCUCUAGCUUCCUUUUAGUAAGUAAAAACCUUGGCUAUGAUUGCACUACAUUGUCAUGUAGACCUACAAAGUACACUUGGAAGAACAAGAGGUGAAUAAAUGUAUUGAAACUGAUGUGAAACUGAUGAGGGGUAGGAUUAAAUAAGCUUUGCUUCUUCCUACUCCCUUUUGGACAUGCAAAAUUGUGAAUUGUACUAUGUGAUGUGCUACUGUUUGACUCAUAUGCAUGUUCAGGAUUAAUUAAAACCAUGAACCAUGAUAAUAACAAGCCUAGUUGUGCUGUACAACUUUUAUCCGCAGUGCCCUCUACUGGUCAUUAUUAUUAUUAUUAUUUUCCCUUUUUUUUCUUUUUUUUCCUCUACUGGUCAACAUUCAAACUGGACGCCAACCUGUCUAUGGAGGCCACUUGUCUAUAGAGGCCACUUUUGCAGACUCCCCCUAGUGGCCGCUAUAGACAAGUUUGACUGUAUAUAUAUAUACUGUAUAAUCUACAUUAGUCAUGGGUGUAAAGAGAGCUGUCCACUAUCAUUUUCUCAUAGGCCAUUUUUAAUACACCAGACACAUUACUUCUGUCAUUAUUUUAUUCCACAGAUUUUAAAGUUAUUUUUGCACCAUUGAAAGGAUUAGAUAAGGUUUAUUACACCUUUAGAGUCAGUCUACUAUCUCAGUGUAUUUUCAGUCUAAUAGCUUCUCAUAAAAGGCCUUCUUGACACACUAUCAGAGUUGCUCAGUGAUCGAAAAAUACUAGAAGAGGCAGACACACAAUAGAUGGAUUGUUCUCACUCACACAAGCUUAACUGUCACUUGUACGUAAACUUGACUUUAACUUUCUUGAAAUACACGGCAACUGCUACACACUAGGUCCCCAACUUACGAACAUCCAACUUGCGAACAUUCGGAGAUACGAACGCAAGCUGACUGGUAUAUAUUUUCAUGUAUUUUAGUAACUCCUUAUUUAUACUGCUACAUGCUUGACCAGUAGAGGGUACUGUGACACUGCUAAUGGGACCAACAGGUAGAGGAAGACGGUUGGGAGAGAGUGUAAAGGAGAAAUGGAAAGCUAAAUUGUAGCUGUACGAUGCAACCCGGACAGAGCGUGUGAUUAAAGUUUAUGAAGAGUUAAUAGGCCUGCUUAAUUCUACACCACCUACAGAGCACUACCUCUUUUAGAAGAGUCUAACGACGACGACAAUUUGUCCUUUUCAAUAACUCCUCCUCCACCUUCACCACUACCACCAACGACGUAUGCUUGGCCACUCCUCUUCAAAGGUAAAUAACAUUUAUCAUUACGUAUUAUUAUAUCAUUUUUAUUAUUAUUGUUUUUUUUCAUUCAUUAUUCUCGUUUAAUAUUACUACUACAUCCAAAUUCAUAUUUACAUACAUACGCAUAUAUGUAUACACGUACAUGUAGUACCUAUAUCGUUGGUCAAUUACCUUUUGUUGGACUUACGAACAAAUCGACUUGCGAACGGUCGUCUGGAACCAAUUGUGUUCGUAAGUUGGGGACCUAGUGUUUUGACUCUUUGUACUUUCAUUCUGGGAUGUGUUUGUCCAGUUUCCUACUCCGGUGUUGUAACCAAAUAUAUUCAAAUGUAUCUUAUUUUCAUAGGAUCAUAUUUCCAAUUCAUAGGAUUAAAUAAGAUUUGCUUCUUCCUACUCCAUUUCCGUCAUUUGGAAUUGUGAAUUGUAACAGGAAGCAUUUCAAUCUAACUGACAUGAUACCACACCCUCUUCCUACUUUGAGAACAUAAACUACGGCUGACCUGCAUUAACACGCAUGCACGCACCAUUAUGUUUAUCAGCUAAUCAUAGCGAUUUGUUUAAGUCUAGCUAUUAACGUCGGCCAUCACUGAAUGUAGAGGCCAUCAUAACAACAAUAUGAAUGUAAAUUGUUGAUCGUCUCCCUAAGAUUGCUUUUGUGUGUGUGGACGCGCUACGGAAAUCUACUUGAAUAUCAGCCAGCAGUGAGUGACCAUUCAUUUUAUUCGGCCCGGGGGAACAAUUUCCAGCAUCGAUCCAUCCAUUUUCUAUCCUGCUUUAUCCUCAUUAGGGUCGCGGGGGCAUGCUGGAGCCUAUCCCAGCUGACUUUGGGCGACAGGCGGGGUACACCCUGGACUGGUCGCCAGCCAAUCGCAGGGCAUAUAUAGACAAACAACCAUUCACACUCACAUUCAUACCAAUUUAGAGUCGUCAAUUAACCUCACCUGCAUGUUUUUGGAAUGUGGGAGGAAGCUGGAGUACCCGGAGUAAACCCACGCGCACACGGGGAGAACAUGCAAACCCCACACAGAAAUGCCCAAGGGAGAAUCGAACCCAGUUCCUGUUCUUGUUCCUGUGUUGGCCAACAUGCUAACCACUUGACCACCGUGUGGCCCAAUUUCCAGCAAUUUUUGUGAAAUUGAAUUUGUAAUUGUGAAAAAUAUAGACAUUUUUCGUAAUGUUUUUUUGUCUGUUCUUAAACCACUGUUGGUAACAUUCUGUAUGCUAGCGGGUGGUGGUGUCCUUAAUUUUUUGGUUGAACAUAAUGAACUGUUGAACCAGAUGCAUACAGACUACCAAUUACUAACUAGACACAGAUGAGGCCCUCAGCUCUGUCCAGCCGGAGUGUAAAGUAGGAAUAUCUUAAAAGCCCCCAACAGGAAACAGAGGGACAAAAUAAGAGUGUAAACAGGAGACAACAAUGAGAACAGAAACACACAACACAAAAUACCAGGGAUUACUUUGGCAAAUAAACAGAUAAUUAUCAUAAACCCUGGGUGUCUGAAGUACAGCCCGACGGCCAUUGUGGUGCAUUCUAAAAACGAAAGAAAAAAACAAAUCAACAACAGCAGCAAAAAUGGAAAAAUCUGCAAUUAUUUUACAUGCAGACGGCGGCACGGUGUAGCUCCCCACAGAGUCACACAGAGUCUACCGCUCUUUUAUAACUUUUUUCUGACCUGAACACAACAGCAAUGCAAUACCAACACCACAUAUGUCGCUCCAACUCCAAACAAACACGUCUCUCUCUUUUUUUUAAGCACUUUUAAUGAUAAAGACGUUAAACGUUACUUGAUUCAGUCUGCCUGUCUGUGACAACAAAACGUAACACGGCGAAUGGCAGAGGACAUGUCGGUGAGCCACCAUUGCGGUCCAGCAUGUGGAAACACUUUGGCUUUUGCAAAGAGGAAGAUGUUCUAAAUACGUCGCUUGAUGUUUGUAGAUAUGUAAAGGUCAAGUAAAAUACCACAGCAACACAACAAAUCUCUCCGACCACCUACUAAGACGCCAUGGGAUUUCACACAACGCUGACCAUCCGGCCACCUUUUCAGCGUUCCCGCUGCAGCAGCAGUGCAGGGUAACCUCAGGUCUUACUGAACUUACUAUACUUUCAUUGAAAAUUUAUUGAAUAUUGAAAAUGAGAGCAGAAAAGGUUAACCUCAUGUUAGUUCAACCUGAAGUGUUGGAUCGUUUUAUUCAAAUGAAAUGUGAAUGCAUUUGCCAUUAAAUGUUGUUUAAUUGUUUGUUUGUAUCCAUAAUUAAUUUACACCUGAUUGCCUUACAAAAAACAGGAAAUCUAGGUGUCAUGAGUUGUGGUGCUGCUCUGCUGCCCUCUACUUGUUGUCUGUUGCAGCACACUUCCUGCUCAUGGGGUAGGAGCUCAUGACACACCUGCAAGCAAUUACUCACCUGGACUAUUUAGACCGUGCAGUUUCUCUUACCUGUUGCCGUAUUGUUUUGUCAUGCUCACUCCUAGUGUUGUUACCUUCCUGUUGCUUAGCACUCUGUUCGUCCCUACCCUGCUCCUUUCUCAUCUCUGCAUCUUGGGAUCCUGUUAAUGGCUACACGCCGCCCGUGACACUGGGAAACUUGACCAUUGUCCAGCAUCCAGGAAGUAGUGAGGAAACUACACAAUGUCCAAGAUGACCCUAUCAACAAAUAUGAUGCACAAACUGGGUAAGAUAACAUUUUUAUUUUUGAGUUGUAUUGAAUUGUAAACGUCUUCUAUACUAUGCCAGCUUGCAUGCCAUGUUUCUCGCCUAAUCACAGACUUCCUUUGUUCUCCAGUGUCUCUUGUUGGAGACAAAAUUUAAAUUGUCCACAGCCUACUAAAGGUCAAAGGACCACUUUAGAAAAUUAAGUCAAUUUCACCUCCCCUUUACAUGUUUGUUAAUCUCCAGUUAUGAGAAGGAAAGAAGACUCACACUCCAGAUUAGAUCUAAAAAAAGUAUUGAAAAUAAGUCAGACAGAAUAAUUGCGCAGCUCCGGAGCUCCGGACUGAUUCUCUUCUCAUGGACGUCUUCCGCCUCCUCUCCGAAGGGAGAGAAACAGGUCCCAAUCAAUGGUCCCUUCUGCCUCUUUAUAAUUGUUUUGCUCGGACAAUUGGCGGCAGUCUCUCCAUAGAUAACUUCCUCCCGGAUUCUUGGACGAAGUUGUGACACCAGCAGUUGAUAGUCUGAGUUGUUUAGGCUACAUUCUGUGACCAUAUCUGGCUGCUGACACUGGGUGGCCUUCAGUUUAUUGUAUACUGUGUGUGCACCCUACUACUAUUACAAGUUAACCUUUGAGACACUUGCUCAUCUACCCAGCUAAUUAUUUAAUAAGGCAUUAUUUCUAUAAAGUACUUGUAAUCACUCAUUCACUUAAUCAUAAGAGUUAUAUUUAUUCUGUACUUAUAUUAAGGCACUCACUAAUAAUUCAAUCAAUAAACGUCAAUACAAACAGUUAUUCUAAAAACUGCUUGUAUAUGUUACUGAAUAAAAUCACUCAGUAAAUUACAUUUUGACUACAAUCUUCACCCCACAACACAAAGGUGACAAGGAGACCAUAUUGGGUGAGUUACAUUGUCCUUGUCCUGUACAACCUAAGAGUAACUGAUAUUUAAUAUGUUCAUCCAUCCACCUUCUUCCGCUUAUCCGAGGUUGGGUCGCGGGGGCAGCAGCCUAGGCAGGGAAGCCCAGACUUCCCUCUCCCCAGGUACUUUGUCCAGCUCCUCCCGGCGGAUCUGGAGGCGUUCCCAAGCCAGUUGAGAUACAUAGUCUUUCCAACAUGUCCUAGGUCUUCCCCGAGGCCUUCUACCGGUUGGACGUGCCCUGAACACCUCCCCUGGGAGGCGUCCGGGAGGCAUCCUGACCAGAUGCGUAAGCCACCUCAUUUAACUUUUCUAGAUGCAGAGGAGCAACGGUUCUACUCCGAGCUUCUUCCGGAUGACAUGCUUCUCACCUUAUCUCUAAGGGAGAGCCCAGCCACCCUACGGAGAAAACUCCUUUCGGCUGCUUGUACCUGCGAUUUUGUCCUUUCGGUCAAUACUCAAAGCUCAUGACCAUAGGUGGUAGGAACGUAGAUUGACCGGUAAAUUGAGAGCUUUGCCUUUCGGCUAGAGCUCCCUCUUCACCACAACGGACCGAUGCAGAGUCCGCAUCACUGCAGACGCCGCACCAAUCUGCCUGUCGAUCUAGCGUUCCAUCCUUUCCUCACUCGUGAACACCCCGAGGUACUUAAACUCCUCCACUUGGGGCAGGAUCUUAUCCUUAAACCGAAGAUGGCACCCCACCCUUUUCCGAGCGAGAAGCAUGGACUCUGAGGUGGAGGUGCUGAUUCUCAUCCCAGCCGCUUCACACUCAGCUGCGAAUGAAUCCAGUGAGAGUUGAAGGUCAAGGCUCGAUGAAGGCAGCAGGAUCACAUCAUCUGUAAAAAGCAGAGACCCAAUCCCGCAGCCACCAAACCGGAACCCCUCAACGCCUAGAAAUUCUGUCCAUAAAAGUGAUGAACAGGAUCGGUGACAAAGGACAGUCCUGGCGGAGUCCAAUCCUCACUGGAAAUGGGUCUGACUUAUUGUCUGCAAUAGGAACCAAAAUGGUCAUACUGGGAACAAACUGCCGAAAUUAGGUGGUCCGGUACCCCAUAUUUCCGGAGUACUCCCCACAGAAUUCCUUGAGGAACAUGGUCGAAUGCCUUCUCCAAGUCCACAAAACACAUGUAGACCGGUUGGGCAAACUCCCAUGCACUCUCAAGGACCCUGCCAAGAGUGUAGAGCUGGUCCACAGUUCCACCACCAGGACGAAAACCACACUGCUCCUCCUGAAUCUGGGAUUCAACUAUCCUAGCGGAGCCUCCUCUCCAGAACCCCUGAAUAAACCUUACCAGGAAAGCUGAGAAUUGUGAUCGCAAGAUAAUUGAAACACAUGCUCCGGUCCCCCUUCUUAAAAAGGGGGUCCACCACACUGGUCUGCAGAUCCAGAGGCACCGUCCCCGAUGUCCAUGCGACACUGCAGAGUCGUGUCAACCAAGACACGCCCAAAGCAUCCAGGGCCUUAAGGAACUCCGGGCGGACCUCAUCCACCCCUGGGCCCUGCCACCGAGGGGUUUUAUAAACCACCUUGGAAACCACAGCCCCAGAGAUAGGAGAGCCUACCGCAGAAUCCCCAGGCACUGCUUCCUCACUGUAAGACGUGUCGGUGAGAUUGAGGAGGUCUUCAGUAUUCCUUCCACCAGUCCACAGCAUCUCGAGUCGACAUUAGCAGCACACCAUCACCACCAUACACUGUGUUGACCAUGCACUCUUCACCCUCCUGAGACGGCGGAUGGUGGUCCAGAAUCUCUUCAAAGCCGUCUGGGAGUCGUUCUCCAUGACUUCUCCGAACUCCUCCCAUGUCCGAGUUUUUGCCACAGCGACUGCCAGAGCCACAGACCUCUUGGCCUGCCGGUACACGUCAGCUGCCUCCGGAGUACCAUGGGCCAAAAAGGCCCGAUAGGACACCUUCUUCAGCUCGAGAGAAUCUCUCACCACUGGUGCCCACCAAUGGGUUCUGGGAUUACCACCAUGACUUGCGACCACAGCUUUGAUCAGCCGCCUCGACAAUGGAGGCAUGGAACAUGGCCUGCUCGGACUCAAUGUCCGCCGCCUCCUUUGGAACAUGGUCAAAGCUCUCUCGGAGGUGUUAGUUGAAACUCCUUUUGACAGGGGACUCUACCAUACGUUCCCAGAAGACCCUCACAAUAUGUGUGGGCCUGCCAGGUCUGACCAGCAUCCUCCCCCACCAUCGGAGCCAGCUCACAACCCCUCUCAUCACUCGAGUGUCCAAAACAUGUGGCCGCAGGUCUGAUGACAUGACCACAAAGUCGAUCAUCGAACUACGGCCCAGGGUGUUCUGGUGCCAGGUGCAUACAGUAUAUGAACAUCCUUAUGCUUCAACAUGGUGUUUGUUCUGGACAAUCUGUGACGAGCACAGAAGUCCAAUAGUAAAACACCGCUCGGGUUCAGAUCAGGGGGGCCGUUCAUCCCAAUCGCACCUCUCCAAGUCUCACUGUCGCUGCUAACGUGAGCGUUGACGUCCCCCAGCAGAACAAAGGAACCCCCAGAGGGAGCACUCUUCGGUACUCCUUCUAAGGACUACAAAAAGGGCGGGUAUUCUGAACUGCUGUUUGGCGCAUAAGUACAAACAACAGUCAGGACCCGUGCUCCCACCCGAAGGCGAAGGGAAACUACCCUCUCGUUCACCAGGUUAAACUCCCUUGGGUGGGAGGUUAGUAGGUUGAGGGAGGUUGGUUUUAAAUAAUUUUCUUUUUUCUUUUAAUUUACUAAUUUUAUUGUAUUUUAUCUAUUUAUUUAUGUAAGACAUGUGUGACGUGUGGGGACUGUG